UAAAUAUUUAUUGGUAAUCAAUCUUAUGUAAAAGUUAGUGAUUGGGCAAUAAGAAAGUAUAGGGAGUAACGAGUGGGCGUGUGGGUCAGAAAUCAGUCUCAAAAUGAGGAACUCUGACUUAAGUCAGACAUACAAAGACAAAACCCAACAAUAAACAGUGUGAGAGACUCGUGUGCCUUCAUCUCCAUCUCCUAUAUUUUCUUUUCCACCCUCUUUUUUUUUCACGCAUUUUCAUUCAACCGUUCUUUCCUUUCCUUCUCUCUCCUUUUUUUUUUCUUUUUUUUUCCAUUUUCAUCUUUCUUUCUCUCAUUCCAUUUAUAAUUAAAUGGAUGAAAACAUGAAUAAUAAUAGUCUCUUUUCUUUAAAGUCAAACUCGAACUCGACUCAUCCGAAUCCCCCUGCUCUAGACCUUUGCCUUUGUACCAACACCAUAACAAACUGUCAGGAUCAUGAGAAUACCAAAACCGGGUUUCCGAUACGGUCCUCGCCUUCAUCCGUUGAAGGGAUGAAAGGCGAAAACUGUCAAGAAUCUUUGGUGGUUGCUAGAAAUGUACGCAGGCCUUCAAAGCUUUGUUCUAGAGGACAUUGGAGGCCUGCAGAAGAUACCAAACUUAAGGAACUUGUUCUUAAGUUUGGCCCUCAGAAUUGGAAUGUCAUUGCUGAGAAACUUCAGGGUAGAUCAGGAAAGAGUUGCAGAUUAAGGUGGUUCAAUCAACUCGAUCCUAAGAUAAACAGGAAGCCAUUCUCAGACGAUGAAGAAGAGCGACUUAAAACAGCCCAACAAAUGUACGGGAACAAAUGGGCAAUCAUAGCGCGAUUGUUCCCGGGCCGAACAGACAAUGCAGUUAAGAACCAUUGGCAUGUUAUGCAGGCGAGAGAGGAUCGUGAAAAGUCAAAUUUGUUUACGACUAGAAAAAGAAUCCACAACAAAAUGCAACCACAACAAUUUUAUGAUCAUGGUCGUAACAACGAGUUUACGGCCAUGAUAAAAAAAAGUAAUACUGGAAGUGACUCUACUACCAGUAUUACUAGUAACAUGAUUAAUAACAUUAACGUUAACAUAAAUAAAAAUGUGGAUCAUGAUACUGGUGCAUCAACUUGUACUGAACUCUCACUUUCUACUACAUUGGCCGCGGGCGUGGGCGGGUAUUUUUUCAGACCCGGAAUCAGUUAUGACCCGCCCGUUUGUGAUCAGCAGCAACACCAGCAACCCUGCAAGGCUGACCGUCAAAAGGGUACUGUUUUUUUUUUCCUAACUUCUUUUCUCUUCUUUACAUUAUUUUUUUAAGGUUUCUUUUUCCCUUAAGAGGUAUCCUAAGUUUUAGUUUACGUUACUCUUUUGGAAAACUUUUAUUUUAAAGUGUUAUAUUUUGAAGAAAAGAUUACUUACAUCAUCUUAUUUAGUUAUGAAAUCGAUAAUUGAUAAAUUUUUUGUUAAAAGUGGUUA